UCCAAAAAGAGAAGAGUGGUUGGAGAAGAUCCUCUCCCUGAUGCUCUUGCUACUUAUAAAGCUUGUUAUGACAGUCUCAAACCUGACACAAAAACAGCUUUCGAAAAUAAUGCAACGCAAACAUUUGACCCCAAUGUGGUACGAUCCUCAGAUUACCAGCAACCUGAACGUGUCAAGAAAGCUGGUGAAAUGUCCGAAGAGAGAAGUGUGGUUGAAGCAGAUCCUCUCCCAGAUGCUCUUGCUACUCAGAAAGCUUGUUAUGACAGUUUCGAAUCUGCCACAAAUACAGAUUUCGAAAGUAAUGCAACGCAACAAAGUAGACCAUUUGACCCCAAGGUAGUACGAUCCUCAGAUUACCAGCAACUUGAACGUUUCAAGAAAGCCGAAAAAUGUCGAUUGCAUUCCUCCAAAGAGGAAGUUGAUCGAGAAACGGAGAAAAGAAACAUUGACAUUAUGCAAGCAAUAUAUUUAGACGAUGCUCCAGCUUUAAAGAGACUUGUGGACCCAGCGUUAAGUAGCAAAGAGAUUCAACUUCGUAUCCUUGAAGCGAUCGAGGUAAACAGUUUGAUGUGCUUGGACGUACUUUGUGAAGCAUACCAAAAUCAGCAAACCCCCAGUAAAAAAAAAGGUGAACUGUUUCAUCGCCGGUGCGGCCUUUCUUUCUGGCCAAUAGACGAGCGUCCUAAAGUGACAGCUUUACACGUCCUUGCUAGCAGGGUUAAAUCAGCGAAGGCGUUGGAUGUUUUAGUGAAGCGACCGGAAUUUUUCCAAGAUUUUGCUGACAUGCAAGACAGUCAUGGAUCAACGCCGCUUCUGCUGGCAAUCAAAUGCAACAAUAUGGAUGUCGUAAGACGACUGCUCACAACAAAACCCGACGUAAACAAAAAAAAUCGAUAUGAUGAGACGCCCAUUCUUAUUGCAGCUUUAAAGGAUAACGCUGAUGCAAUUCAAGAAAUUAUUAAUACGUAUAAUGGGCCUGAGGAAAAAACAAAUCUUGAAGAAAUUAUGAGGAAUAUCGAUGGUAAAGGUCAUUCAAUCCUUUACCCUGCCCCUCAAAGUGGAACCCAAGAGGUACUAAACCUUAUUUUGGAACGUGAUUGGUGGCAGGACUUUUUGGAACAAGAGAAGAAUAAAGAAGAGGAUUGGCACACUUUCAUUUGUAACAUAAGUGCAAGCGGGUGCAUAAAUCUACUUCAGCAGGACAAGAUUAAAAAUGAACUUCUCGAUGUUCACCAUGAAAAAACGCGAAAAAGUGAUGUUACCCCGCUUAUGAGGGCUGCCGAAGCAGAUCAAGAAGAAGUCGUUAAACUAAUUUUGUCAAUUUUGCAGUCAUCUGGUAAUGAUGCCCUUGCCGUUUGUGAUAGUAAGGGUAGGAAUGUUUUCCAUUAUGCUGUGGGGAAUCCAAAUGUCCUCCGUUAUCUUUGUGAAAUGAGCCAAGAUAAGAAAGCUAUUAAUCAUAUGGACAAUUCAGGGAAGACUCCAAUGAAGCUCGCUGCUGUUAAAGAACUGACUGAGAGUUUCGAAUUACUUUCCAAAUAUGCUAAAAGUGAAGAAGACAUGUUUGCUGCCCAUAUCAUCCACUAUGUGAAGAUCGAGGCUUAA